UCUCACACACACACACACACACACACAUAUCAGCACACAGAACAUAGAUUCGCGUGUACCUAUAUCUGAGCUCACAUUCCAAUCCACCACUAAGAACUAGUCUACUGUUCCGAUAAACAACCACCGAGUUGGGGAUUAGCCGGAUUCGCGGGGUAAUUCCUGUGGCGGUCGUGAUGGCUGUGGCGGUCCGGGGCAGUCGUGUCGGAUCUGGCAGCGGAUCCCUCCUCCGUAGCUUUUUCAGCUACCGGAUCUUCGUUUCCGCCAUGCUCACGCUUCUUUUCCUAGCUACUCUCUCCGUCCUCCUCACAUCUCACCCAUCGCACAACGAUUCGCAUGUUGUUGAUGUUGCAGGGAAUGCACAUGUAAGACGAAGUUUUCUAGCGUGGCAGUCAGAUCCGGUGAAGACUAGGUUAGAAUUGAUAUAUAACCAGGUAAACAAUCAUGUUGCAUUAGUAAAUGCAUAUGCUACCUACGCCAGAAAACUCAAGCUUGAGAUAUCCAAGCAGCUUAAGAUGUUUGAUGAUUUGGCUCAGAAUUUCUCUGACCUCCAAUUGAAGCCGGCUUACCGCGCUGCACUGUUUGAAUCUGAUGGGCCGGUUGAUGAGGAUGUCUUGAGGCAGUUCGAGAAGGAGGUAAAAGAUAAAGUUAAGAUUGCUAGGCUUAUGAUAGCUGAGAACAAGGAAUCAUACGACAAUCAGUUGAAGAUUCAGAAAUUGAAGGAUACGAUAUUUGCUGUGAAUGAGUUGCUGUUGAAGGCCAAGAAAAAUGGGGUCUUUGCUAGCGUGAUCGCGGCAAAAUCAACUCCCAAGAGUUUGCAUUGUUUAGCAAUGCGGCUUAUGGAGGAGAGAAUUGCUCAUCCUGAAAAGUAUGUGGAUGAUGAGCCAGGACCUGAGCUUGAGGAUCCUAACCUAUACCACUAUGCUUUGUUCUCUGACAAUGUGAUUGCAAUCUCUGUGGUGGUAAACUCUGUCGUUAAAAAUGCAAAGGAGCCAUGGAAACAUGUAUUCCAUGUUGUUACCGAUAGAAUGAAUUAUGCUGCUACAAAGGUUUGGUUUAAGAUGAGGCCAUUGGAAGGGGGUGCCCAUAUUGAGAUCAAGGCAGUGGAUGAUUUCAAGUUCUUAAAUCCUUCAUAUGCACCUGUGCUUAAGCAGCGUCAAUCUGUUAGGUUAAGGAAGUAUUACUUUGAGACCAGAGCUGAGAACACCUCUACAGAUGUAAACAACAUGAAGUAUAGAAACCCUAAGUAUUUAUCGAUGCUCAAUCACCUUCGGUUCUACUUGCCUGAACUCUACCCGAAGCUGCACAAGAUUCUAUUUCUGGAUGAUGAUGUUGUAGUUCAGAAGGAUUUGACUGCCUUGUGGACAAUUGAUUUGGAAGGGAAGGUUAAUGGUGCUGUUAGCACUUGCUUUGGAUCGUUCCAUCGUUUCUCUGAAUAUUUAAACUUUUCCCAUUCUCUCAUCAAGCAGAAGUUUAGUCCUAGGGUGUGUGCUUGGGCUUUUGGCAUGAAUAUUUUUGACCUCAAUGCUUGGAGACAGGAGAAAUGCACUGAGCAAUAUCACUAUUGGCAAGAUUUGAAUGAGGAUCGUUCAUUAUGGAAGAUGGGGACACUACCAGCUGGGCUUGUUACGUUUUACUCAACAACCAAGCCAUUGGACAAAGCUUGGCAUGUGCAGGGGCUCGGGAUCAAUCCUAGUAUCAGUAUGGAGGAAAUUGAGAAGGCUGCCGUUAUCCAUUACAGUGGAGACAUGAAGCCAUGGCUGGAUAUUGCCAUGAACCUUUACAAGCAUCUAUGGACAAAGUAUAUUGAUAACCAAAUGGAAUUUGUGCAAAUGUGCAAUUUUGGUAUGUAGAGAAGCACGACUAUGGCCGGAGCAAGCAUAAGGUACCAGAUACAUAUACACAAGUCAUAGCUUUGAAGAAUGGAGGUUCUAUGUAACUUUUGCCUCAAAAAAUUUCUGGUAGCUGCUAUUUAUCUUAGUUAACGUGGAUGGGCCUUGGGGAAACUUUUGUGUUUUGUAUACUCAUAAACAUAUUCUUUGUAGAAGAUAGGCAUAAUGAUUUGGAUAUAGAGAUGACUAGCAUCCUUUCACCACCAAGCUUCUUAAGUCAAAGCUAUUCUCUAGUUUGGUACCACUUGUGAAAAUCUGCUCAUUGUCUGUGGUGUUGUUUAACGUUGUUACAGAUGGGAUUGUGAUAUCCACCAAAACAAAAAUGACUCUGUUUAUGUAUUCUAAGAUUAUACAUCAAUUUUAUUCUAAGAUUUGGUAGCG